GGAUGACGUAUAAUGUCAGCGACGGCGACAGACUGAAAAAGCAAUGGGUCAAAGUCAAAGCGGAGGACACGGUCCCGGCGGAGGAAAGAAAGAUGACAAGGACAAGAAGAAGAAGUAUGAGCCACCAAUCCCCACCAGAGUUGGCAAGAAGAAGAAGCGGACAAAGGGGCCUGAUGCUGCCAGCAAGCUGCCUCUAGUCACCCCACACACGCAGUGCCGUCUGAAGCUGCUGAAGCAGGAGAGGAUCAAGGACUACCUCCUCAUGGAGGAGGAGUUCAUCAGGAACCAGGAGCAGAUGAAGCCUCUGGAGGAGAAGCAGGAGGAGGAGCGUUCCAAGGUGGAUGACCUGAGAGGAACCCCCAUGUCAGUGGGGAACCUGGAGGAGAUCAUCGAUGACAACCACGCCAUCGUGUCCACCUCGGUGGGCUCGGAGCACUACGUCAGCAUCCUGUCCUUCGUGGACAAGGACCUGCUGGAGCCUGGCUGCUCUGUCCUCCUCAACCACAAGGUCCAUGCAGUGAUCGGGGUGCUGAUGGAUGACACCGACCCCUUGGUGACGGUGAUGAAGGUGGAGAAAGCCCCUCAGGAGACCUAUGCUGACAUAGGAGGACUGGACAACCAGAUCCAGGAGAUCAAGGAGUCAGUGGAGCUGCCCCUGACCCACCCAGAGUACUAUGAGGAAAUGGGCAUCAAACCUCCCAAAGGGGUCAUCCUCUAUGGAGCUCCUGGCACAGGUAAGACCCUGCUGGCCAAGGCAGUAGCCAACCAGACGUCGGCUACCUUCUUGCGCGUGGUUGGCUCGGAGCUGAUCCAGAAGUACCUAGGAGACGGGCCCAAGCUGGUCCGAGAGCUGUUCAGGGUGGCCGAGGAACACGCCCCCUCCAUCGUGUUCAUAGACGAGAUUGACGCUAUCGGAACCAAGAGGUAUGACUCUAACUCAGGAGGAGAGAGGGAGAUCCAGAGGACCAUGCUGGAGCUUCUCAACCAGCUGGACGGCUUCGACUCACGAGGAGAUGUCAAGGUCAUCAUGGCCACCAACCGCAUAGAGACACUGGACCCUGCUCUGAUUAGACCUGGUCGUAUAGACCGUAAGAUCGAGUUCCCCCUGCCGGAUGAGAAGACCAAGAGGAGGAUCUUCCAGAUCCACACCAGCAGGAUGACCGUGGCGGAUGAUGUAACCCUGGACGAGCUCAUCUUGGCUAAGGAUGACUUGUCAGGAGCAGACAUAAAGGCUAUCUGUACAGAGGCAGGCUUGAUGGCUUUGAGGGAGAGGAGGAUGAAGGUUACCAACGAGGACUUCAAGAAGUCCAAGGAGAACGUCCUUUACAAGAAGCAGGAAGGGACACCCGAGGGACUGUACCUCUAACCUCCCCCAAACCCCCACCCCCCCUGGUCACUCCCCAAAACCUCCAACCCCCCCCGGUCACUCCCCCAAACCUCCAACC